AUGCGUGGGCAGCUCUCUGCAGUGGCGGUGCUCUUCCUGUCCCUGGCUGUGAUUUUACAUGGCUAUCAAAUAAGAGAAAAAGGAUAUCCAAAAAGCAGAGACUAUCUUCAAUAUACCUCAACAGCAACAGGACAGACCACAGCAAAACCUCUCCUACAGCUGACUAACCAAACACAUCAUGUAACUUUAGGAGCAAAAUCAAGGGAUGGUCAUAUUGAAAUGGCUGCUGAAGACUCCACCUCUGAAAACACAGCUCACACAACAACCAAAACAACAAUCCCAGUAACUACAAAAAUCCUUCUACCCAGCAGCCCACUUAACUACACCUUUGUUACACCUAAUAACUCACAUGUGACUGCUUUAUCUACUGAAGGUACCAUUGGUCCUAGUUCAGUUGCACAUUUAUUAGUUAAUGCAUCUGGAGCUAGUCUAUCCACUGCCAAUCAUAUAACCGGGAGAACUCCCCAACUUGGUGGUCAGACUACCCUCCCCAAAACAUUUCUCACAGCAUCACACAAAAGCACAACCAAUCAAAAGCCAACUCCACCCAUCUAUGUCCCAGGAACAUCAGUACCUACACAAAAGGUCAGCUUUGCAACCUUACCUGCCGUUAUAGUUCUUGGGCCCACUCUAGCAACUAAGUCAUCACCAGCUAAGACGGGGACAUAUGAAGUUCUAAAUGGAAGCAGGCUCUGUAUAAAAGCAGAGAUGGGGCUAGAGCUGAUUGUUCAAGAAAACGAUUUGGAUUUUGCAACUCAGAGACACUUCAACAUUGACCCCAGCUUAACCCACGCUUCUGGGAAAUGUGGCUCCCAAAGAUCAAACCUCUUCUUGGAUUUCCAAGGUGGAUCAGUGAAUAUCACAUUUAUCAAGGAAGAAAACUCAUAUUAUAUAAGUGAAGUGGGAGCCUAUUUGACUAUCUCAUAUACAGAGAGAACUUAUCAGGGAAUGAAGCAUAGUAUGAUGAUGUUUGAGACCGUAGUUGGACAUUCCUUCAAGUGUGUGAGUGAGCAGAGCAUCCAGCUGUCAGCUCAGCUUCAAAUGAAAACAAUGAGCAUCCAUUUCCAAGCCUUUGAUUUUGAAGGAGACUGCUUUGGAAAUGUGGAUGAGUGUUUGUCUGACUACACAGUUGUGCUUCCUGUGGUCGGGGCCAUCGUGGUCAUCCUCUGUGUUGUGGGUCUGGCUGUCUACAAAAUCCACCAAAGGCACCAGUCAUUGGGAUACCAGAGAAUCUAAUUGAUAACCAGAGGAAAUGGGAAUAAUGGCAUUUAGAAAAAAAUUCAGUACUUAUUGACAGAAUGUGGGAGGCUUCUCUUAUUCAUUACCAUCUACUCAAACCAAUGAGUGAUUAGUAAUUAAAAUGAAAACAGCAUGUAAAUUCUGAAUAUUUUUGCUCAUCUCAUGAAAGACUAAAAGACACUUGAAGUAUUUUCUGGCUUAGGUUGGAAAAUUUUAAUAAUUCAAAUGAAUAUUUGAGAUAGAUUGAAUUAACAUGAUGUACAAAGGUGACAGAAAUUUACAUGUUAUAAACCACAAUAAUUGAUUUUAAUUAGUACUGCCUGUAUUUGCCUAGAUAAAUUAAUUUUGGCAUUAAUAUUUUCAUUUAAAAAUAUUUUACUGGAUUUUCCUACCAUCUAUGUUUAUUUGAUGUAUGUGUGUCUGACAUGGUCCUUACCUCCCUUUCUAUUUAAAUGUUUUUAGUUAUCAAAAAGAACAACAUAUCUCUGUGGA